CCUCAACGAAUCAGCUCCCUCCGAAAUUGACGAUGAGCUUUACGGCAGAUUAUGGAAAGGAAAAGUGAAUGUAAAUUUAUCGAUUCAAGAGAAAUGACGUCAGAAUUCGGGCCGAAAGUAAAUAAAUAUUUUCGUAGAAGUGAAAACGGUUCAGUGAAUCCAAUUCUUCGAAUUCUUCGUGUGACCUAACCUUAUCCUUGGAGUGUGACUUGUUUUGAUGUGUAAAUAAACCGAAAUAAACAUCAAAAUGAUCUUCGAACGAAUACUGAUUUUACGGGUGAUAAUCACAAGUUUGAUAGGAAUUACUUCCUAUGUCGGUGAUAGAUUAUUACAGGAAAAAAAUGAGGUUAUACGAGCUCUCUCUGACAAUUUUACACAUGCGACAGUCGGCGGUCUCACGUGGUCACUUAUUUUAAUUUUGUCGAAAAAAUCUAUUUUGCAAAAUAUUUCAAGUGUUGUUCUCUGCUUUUUUAUUGCAUCCUUUGUGGAUGUUGAUCAUUUUUUGGCGGCAGGAAGUUGGAAAUUGCACGAUGCUGCGCAUUCAGCUAAACGGGGGUAUCUGCAUUGUUCAACGAUACCAAUUACGAUGUGGCUCAUCCUUUUCCUAUAUUCGAAAAUAUUUAACCAACAAAAUGUGGCUAAUUAUGGUUGGAUAAUUUUGUCCAGUUUCUUGAGCCAUCACAUAAGGGAUGCAAAUAGAAGAGGCAUGUGGUUUUGUCCAAUAGGUUCAACUCCGCCGAUUCCUUAUUAUUUUUAUUUAAGUUUAAGCAUGAUUUUUCCAUAUAUUGUACAUUUUUGUAUGAGUUUAUUAACGACUCAUUCCAUUGAAAUUAAAGAGAGUUUAGUUAAUAUAGUUUAGAGACAACUUGAAAAGACUUUAAAAUCUAUAUUUUGUAUGAAAAAAAACGGAAUGACCAAUUUUAAAUAAAUAAUAAGAAAAAAAAUCGAAAA